ACAUACACACUCGCGAGUCGAUUAAAUGUGUAUAAGAACGAUUCAAAGCAAUAACAACUUGUCAUAACUUAAAAUGUAUGCUAUUAUUGUCGACUGAUGAACUGAGGUGUUAAGAAACAUUUUGUUACAUUUUCUGAGUGUGUGGACUGAUGAUUACACUUGUAUAUCAGUGAUGCAUUUUUCUGAUGUUAAUAUGGACCUAAAUGACCAAACAAGAGGUUCCACAUACAGCAGUCCAUUGUCACAAUUUCUCCGCCAUUCACGAGAGGUCGUGGAGGAUAUGGAACAGCCCCUCGACUUAAGUCAACGAGAAUCUGCAAUGGAAAAGAAAGUUCUUAAUAUAGACAUGGAAGAGCCAAUCUGUCAAUUCACAAACUGUUCUUGUCCUCUUAAACAUAUAUUGUCACUGGAUUCAAAUGACUCUCAGAUUAACGCAGGUUUCAGACCUCGUUGUGAAACGGUUAGCUCGGGUGACUAUCCACGAAGCCAGUUUCAGAAGCGAUUACAAGAACAAAGUGACAGUGUUCAAGACCAUUUUCAUCCUAAACGGAGAAAGAUAGAACAAUAUAAACAGAAUAUAUCGCGGUCGUCGUCUGAUACAAAUCUCUAUGGUUACGGUGGACCAACUGACCCUUUCAGGUCUUUCACAAACUAUUCCGGUGAAGAUAUGAGUCAAAGAAAAUCACCAGAACAUAAGUAUCAGCCAUACUGGAAAUCUAGUCAAACAUACACAGCCACAAAUACAUAUCCAUCUAGUGAUUCAAUAGAUACUACUCCUAGUUCAGACGUGAAAGUUAUACCGAAACACGCUGAACGACUUCCAAAGAAGAGAUCUCACGCUCGCAAUCUGUCCUAUGAUCAUUCAUUUCUUCAGCAUUCAGGUAAUGAUAUUAAAUCGUCUCGUACACCAAGUCCUCAAUCGAUGUCCAAUGAUGCUGAAAUGUCUCAGGGAGUAGUCAUAGAAGAUGUGAAACCUAUGGAUCAUAUCAAUUUACCGGAGCUUACUUCCGGUCCAAAAGUCCACGGAGAAGAGCUUCGAGCGUCAAUAUUAAAGGAAUUGCGUGAUGAAAAAGAUGACGAAGAUGUCGAUGAAUUUAGAAAGAGAUUUUUUGGAUCUCUAUUCUCGCGUGCCAAAUCGUCUGCAAACAAAGGUAAGACGAGUGCUUUGGAUAUUUUGAUAUCGGAUAAAUGUAAAGACGAUAUUGACUUCAGACCAAGAAACUCUCACAUCGACCAAAUACUUCGUGGUGAAAAACAAGGAAAACUAUGUCUGAUGGAUAUCGUGGAACUUCAGGUUGAAAUUGGACUAGCAUGAUUACGGUGCUUAUAUAAGAUUUAAUAUAUUGUCAGUGUUAAAUGUCCGUAUGAUAGUUAUAGACAUAUAUUAGACACUAAUUGAUGUUUGUGUUCGAAAACUUCUUCCAGUAUUCAGCAUUAUGUGUACUAAGAAAGAUAACCCCUCUUUGUUUUGUAUUUUGAACGUUGUUAAUGCUGAAGAAAUGGCAAUAGAAACUAUAAUUGACAAAACUUUGAUAAAUCUUAAAGGUAACUUGUCUUUAAAUAUGGGACUGUCUGUUAUGUAAAUAAAAUAUAACAAACCCAUGUGAAAGGUAUAAAUACUAUUUGUCUGAAUUGAAAGAAAUUGAACAUAUCCCAUUCUAUAUUUAGUGACCAAGAUUAACAUUUUUCUUUAAAAUUCAUGAAACACUUUAGUCCUGUAUGAACAUUUAUAUAUUAUACCCACCAAUCAUUUGUUAUUUUCUUCAACCAACACGAUUGAUAACGUUGUAAGCCUUUACAAGUAUAUUAUUCCCUCGAAAUGAAACUUUACAUUGGUUUUUAUGUUGACACAUUAUUUUCUUAUAGCAUUGACUCUUUUCCCCGGCAUUAUUUAAUGGCCCAGAACACUGCAAUACUGUGGUCCGUCAUUCUAGUCGGAGUAUUUGAAAUAUUUAUAAUAUAUGUGUUUGUGUAUGAAUGUAAAACAUUUUUUAAAUGAAAGUUGAGUGUGAAAUUUAAUUACUGUUAUUUAUUCAUUGAUGUGAAAAUAUUCAUGAAUUUCAUAUUUCAGAGUGCCUGUCUCGGUAAAACAAUCUUGAAUUCAUCAAGACAUUUGGCUACUCACAGAAAAUAAAUUCUUGUAGCCUAUUUAUUGACAAAUUCUGUGUAAAAGUAAAAAAAACUUUAAUCUUUGACCUCGAUUGUCUCUAUAUUUCCACGUUAUCCUGACCUAAUUAUUUGGCCUGUUUCAAUGCAUAAAAAGUUUUCCUGGAAGCUGAACCGUAAUCGAGUUGAUAAAAAAGAUAGGAAGAUAAAAAUGGACUAAUAAAAAUUUUUAAGUUGAAGAAAGACUGACAACAGCCAAAAGGAAAAAGACGAAAACACCAUUAAACUACUCAGAAGCUAAACAUUGUCUGGUGGAGAGUUGUCUCAUAGGCAAUCAUACAACAUCUUCUCAUAUUUACAUUUAUCGAAAUCCUUUUCCCCCGUAAUACCAUUUGUGACGAUAGGUUAACUUGAUCAUGUCCGCAAGAUUCCGAUUUCAGUUUGCACGUGCGACACGUGUUUCUGGAUUAACUAUGGUCAAUUAUGAUGUUUGGGUAUAUUAAAUGUCUGGUAAUCGGUAAAAAAGUUAAACUCCUGUUCAUUGCUGAAUGAAAGCAUUAUCAAAGGAAACAGCGUAUAGCCCUUAAAAUUCUGAAACGGCGUAUUGGAUAACAAUAAAGCACCGCGAUGUUUUCAACUUAUAGAUUAGACUAAAAUGACUGUUUUGUGAUAUUUAGUAACUGUGAUAUAUGUUUAAAAUAUAAAGUAUUGCAUGCUAAAAUAUAUAUGAAAACUAUAUUUAUUCUGGUGCAUUCUUUUCAUCAACGUACCAAACAACAACGUCAAUUACGCAAAAGAGAAAUCCAGCGUUAGGACUAUUUUUUUUGAUAACCAAAGAUUUAAAUGAGAACAAAAAAAAAGACACAACAAAUGAAUUGGCUUUGCAAUGCACAACUUAAAUGUGAUAAAGUUGGUGUUUUGUGCUAGGGAGGUAGUAUGCCAGAGUUUGAUUAUGCUUUAAAAGCUCACGUGAUUACAAUAUCACCCUAGAAAGAGGUGAGGGGUGAAAAAACAUUCCCGGUAAAUUCUAUUUGUUAAGAUAAUCAAAUUAAGCCAACCUGUGUUACAGUACACAAACUGUAGAAUCACAUGCAGAUGAGAUGCAAUAUAGUUUUAUUAAUGUAAAAUAAGGUAGACUAUCAGAAUAGAUUCAUACGUCAGGGAAGUAGGUCAGAAAAUAUGUUUCAAAAUAGAUUUUAAAAAGGUCGAACUUUUUUGUUAUAACAACGGAGCUACUGUCAUAUAUCUGACGACGUUGUAACAAAUGGAGAGUAUUUUAAAUAUGUUUGUAUGUUUAUAAAUAACAGAUAUUACAUGUAAAUUUCAAAAUAACAAACAAAUAAAGUAAGUGGUCAUUAGACACGGUAUAAAUCUAAUACAGAACUUUAUAAGUUUGCAGGGGCGGAUUCAGGCGGGGGCGUGCCGGGCCUGCGCCCCCCCUAAAAUUUGCAAAGCAUGGGUUGUCCUCAGUUUAAUAAAGAAUAUAUCGAUAAUUUUACCUCAAAAAUUUUUUUCGACUCGCUCCGCUCGGAGAAAGUUUAAGUUUGCGCCUCCCCUAACCUAAAAUCCUGGAUCCGCCCCUGGUUUAAUAGCAUUGAAGGCAAAUGUAUGUUCAUUCAGUAUGAUCUUCAUUGAAAGUAUCUAGAACAAUAUAUACAACGUUUUGAAAAUAUCAGAUGAACUCCAUUCAUAUAUAUACGAUUAAUUAUUUGUUUUUACAUCUUUCUGUUUUUGAAUUAAAUCUGUUUAAUCAGUUGAAAUAUGUUUCAAUUUUGUAAAAUCCUUCAGUAAACGAAACAUAUUAAGGAUAAGAAAAUUCAUCCGUCUAUACUGAUAUGUUUACUUUUCAAGGGUUCAAAACCUUGCUCAGUCGGUGUUUUGUUCUGGAGGAACAGUUUAGUGACCAAUUUCUAAUGAAAUUGAAAAACAUAUUGUAGAACAUUUAUUUAACUGUAUGUGAUCAUUUUAAAUGAUAGUUAUAAAAAAAUAAAUCAAAUAUUAUGUAA